CGAGCCCCCAAGGGGCAGAGGGUGGUGGGGAGCCCGUCCCUAAAUCAGGAUCCCAUCCAGGCUCCCAUCGGGAGGCAAAAAGGGCUGGAGAGGAGAUGGAGCCUGGGGCUGCAGGAGGAGAAGGGUUAAUGCUGGCUGCACGGGGGUCUGGGGUGCACAGGCUGUGGGAAUGGGGGCCCCGAUGCCAGCAGGGUGCUGGCACGCUGCGGUUGUGCUGACGGGGCUGGGCUGGCAGGGGUUAACGGGGUGGCUCUUCCUCCCCCUCUAUAUCAGGCUCCUGCAGCUCUGGGCUCAGUUUGCUGCUGGCGGCCGGAGGGACAGGGAGCGGCGGUGACCAGCGGAGCACCCCUGACCCCUGCGUGGGCCCAGGGCCGUAGCUGAGUCCAGGAGCCGAGCAGACCUUUGGGGUCCCCGUCCCACCCGGAGCCAGCUGGGGGCUGGAGGGCAAUGGUCCCCCUCGGCAGCUCCCCCCGAGCAGUGUGCUCCCCCGGCCGCGGCGUCUCCCCCCUGCGCCUUCUGAACCGCGGCCCCGAGUACCUGCGGGAGCAGGUGGCGGGGGGCAGCGGGGGCCGCGCGCCCAGCGCCGUGGAGCGGCUGGAGGCCGACAAAGCCAAAUACGUCAAAUCGCAGCAGGUCAUCAACAGCCGGCAGGAGCCGGCGCUGCGGGGCUGCUCGCCUCGCUUCUCCCCCCGCGGCCGGCGCCUGCUCGCCCUCCAGCAGCGCCACGAGCUCUGCCAGGGCUCGGACCUGAGCCGCGACGGCCCCCGCAAGCCGCCGUGCCCCCAGUCCCCCGUGCUGCGGAGGGGCGGCAGCGGCAAGCGCCUGCUGAGGCCCGACUCGCUCAUCAUUUACCGGCAGAAACGGGACUGCCCGGUCAUCAACAAGGAGAACAAGGGCUACGGGCUGGUCAGGCGCCUCUUCCAGGGGCCGCUCAGGGACAAGCCCCCCAGUUCCCCCCCAGCCCGGGGGAUCCCCGGAGCCCCCGAGAGCCCCAUGCUGUGGGUGCCCACGGAGCGAGCGGAGCCGAGGACACCGGGCACCGCCAGCAGCAGAAGCAGCAGCGGCAGCAACAUCUUCCAGCUGCCCGGCAGCCCCGUGGCGCAGCCCCCCGAAGCCCCCAGCCCUGCCCAGACCCCCGCCUCCCCCAGCCCCAGCAAGCCGGCGCUGGGCCUGCGCCUCUCGCUGCCGCUGUCGGAGAAGGAGCGCUUCUUCAACUACUGCGGGCUGGACCGGGCGCUGGUGGAGGGGCUGGGGCAGGAGCGGUUCGUGCCGGCGGGCUGGGACAACGCCUCGGCCAAGUUCCCCGGCUCCUGCGAGUGGGAGCCCAGCCAGGCCUCGGGGGGCAGCGGGGAGGACGCGGGGCCGGGCGACGAGGAGCAGGACGCCCGGCUCUGCUCCGCCGUUUCGGUGGUGGAGCGCAACGCCCGCGUCAUCAAGUGGCUCUACGGCUGCCAGCGAGCCUGGGCGGCCGCCAAGGAGUCCACGGUGUGAAAUUUGGAGCCCCGGCCGGCCCCGCGGGGGUCGGGGUGGCAGCGUGCGGCCCCUUGCCCGGGCUGGAGGAGGCCUACGGCCCGCAGGCGUCCUCGGCCCCGGCACCGGAGGGCUGCUGCUGGCCGGCAGGGACACCAGGUCUACCCCUUGGGGGAUGUAUUUUGGGGGGUGGACGCAGGGCUGAGUGUGGUGGGGGGCCCCAGGGGCUCCCCUGGGUGAGUUCAGCCCCAGGAGCCCGCAGGCUGCUGUCCCCCACCGGGUCCCCUCCUCUUGGUCCUCCCUGUUUCUGGAUGUGGUCUGGGAUGGGGGGCAGAGCCCGAGCCCCCUCCUCAACGCUGUCCUCACAAGGAACGGGGCGGCUGGGAUGGGAGCAGGGCUCAAUAAACCUGUGGGUUUUUUCUA